GACUGCAGCUACGGACACUAAGAGGUGGGCACCAAGCGAGAGUGGGUUCACUGUGUUAGAACAAUCAUAUCCUCACCACUGGAGGGAUGGACUGUAGGAUUGUUAAUAAUGAUGUUAGAGUGAGUCUCAUAUUGUUUAAUCUUAUAGGGGGCAUCAGCAGGAGGUUUAAUCUAAAAUUAACCUUAUACAAUAAAAUUCUAAGGUUCAACAAUAUAAAAUUCUAUUGACUUAAACAUUCUAUUGGAAUGAUUUGACGGGUAAUUUGUUGCUCUUAAACAUUCUAUUGGAGUCCCUUAUGAGAUUGAAGAAUGUUCAUUUGCCAUCAGGGAACAAUUCAUAUUCGUAGGGUUUUCGGAAAGCAUUUGUGCUCCUUGAAUUUCUCAAAUCUCAGAGAAACCUCUUUUAUAAUGUGUUUAUAAGUGACUAUGCGCAUUUCUGAAGCUUCCUUUCAAAUUAUUUUGAAAGGCUUAGGAUUUGGGGUUGGGUGACUAUAAGAGCUUAUUCUACUUCUAUCAUGCAAAAUUUUAAUUGUUGACAUGAAUGAGUCUAGAAUAUGAGAAGAUGAAGCUAGUCAGGAAAUGUCUAUGGAGAUUGUAGAAAAGGAAUUUUCUGAGGGUUGUGAUGGAGAAGCUGGUUAUUUUGUUUUCAAAUUUCUAUGCUAAACCUUAUAUUUGCCCUUGCCAACUAGAUUUUCAAUUCACUUUCUGGAGUUCCUUUUUGAAUUCUUUUGAUUUUAAUUGUUAUGCUUUCAUUAUCUGCUCAUUUAAUUGAUCGUAUUUACCAAUAUUUUGUAGUUUAGUUGAACUACAAACAAGGUUAGUGUGCAGUACCUAGUGCCUGCAUAUUAAUCAUGUGAAGCUACUAAUGAUAUUAAGAAACUCAACAUUUUUUUAAAUGGCUCACUUUUAUAGAAUUUUGAAUCUUUGAAAUAGAUUCAAUUACGGUUAACUAUAUUAAAAAUGGAUAUUGUAAUUAUGUGUUUGGUGUUUACAGUAUUUUUCUAACUUUCUGGUGGAAAGUGUGGAGCUUAUAUGUAUAGUUGAAUUUGACGUGAGAUUUUGUAUCUAUAAAAUUAAUUAACUGUAGGUUUGAUAUCAUUGUAACUUUGACUUCAUUCAUGGAGUCAAUCUAAUUUAAUAUUAUUUUGAAAAAAAUGAUUAGUAGAAAAGGUUAGUAUAUUUUGCGAUUUUAUCUUUUAUCCUUUUGUUGACAAAAAAAAACUACUCAAUCAUUUGGUUAUUAAGUCAUGGGAUAACAUGAGUUAUAAUUUUCUACUUGAGUAUAGGAAGUAUAUCUUUGUUAAUGUCAAGAAAAUGGUUCCAUGCAUGGUUGUGAAUUGUGAUAUCUUCGUAUAGCUUGCUUAAAUAUUAAAAAACUGAAAUAUGUAAAGUGCUGAGAUUUCAGUGUUCAAAAUUGGAUUUCUAAUUUGCCUUAAAACUAUAGAUCCAAGAGUUAAUUGGUCAUCUUGUCUAGCAUGUUAAAUUUUUCUGGCAACUAAGUCAAAUUUUACUGGUCUCAAAAGCUGAUUUGUGCAGAAUGUGAUAUUUCAUUUUCAUUUUGGGUUCCAGAUUCAAUCAGGAUGUCAUUAUCUUUUAUGGUAACCAUUUGCUUAUUUUUCUCGGUGCAAAUUGAAAUUUAAGAUUGUUGUUCUAAUAUAGCCAUUAAUAGUUAUAUAUUCUUGAUCUUGAUAGGUUGAAACUACCAAAUACUUCAGCGUAAUUAUCAGUUUUGGCAAUAAUUCUUCCACACAAUGCCUUUAAUGAAAAAACUUCCUGAUAGUAAUAUUAAAAUAACAUAAUUAUGGGUCUGUUUGUUUAAACUUAAUGGACAUUGUAUGAGCAUGUUGCAGUUGCUGCUAUGGAUUGCCAAAGUCUCGACGUUGCCAAGGUGUAUUCAAAUCUGGAUGGCAACAGGUCUCAUGUGGUGAACACUGGGUGGGCAAUGCUGGCUCUCAUUGAUGCUGGACAGUCGAGUAGCUUGGAGAUAGAUACAAGGGUAAUCCUGUGUUCAAAGGUAAGGUUUCCUUGUGACCUGGAGGUCACAGGUUUAAAUCUUGGAAAUAGCUUCUCUGCUCGCGAGGCUAAUGUUGCGUAUAUCUAUCACCAGACUACAUCUUCCUAGACCACAUUAGGUGGAAGCCUUGUAC